UUGCAACGGGAUAUUUGUUAGUUGGUUUCAGACCAUAGUGGAAACACAGAUUACAGUGAUGCUAUUUGGACGCCGCAGAUGAAAACAACAAUGCCGCCACUUUCUGUGUCUUUGACAAUCUGCAAGUGUCAAAAGUUAAGUACCCAAAACCCAAAUUUUCUCUUCUUUGAAUUCUCUUUUGAAAUUUCAAAGUCGAACGAACUAAAUGGGCAAAGAUUCUGAGAGAAAAGCUCAAAAUUCUUUUAGCUAAGGCAGAAGCAAUGUGAAGUCUUGGGUUGAUUUUCGUCUGAUGUGAACUGAUAAUGACUGGGAUUUCUGUACACAAGAAAUUUUGUACAAGAAGGAACCCAGCAGUAAAAGAAUGGAAAACAUUUAGUCCAAACCGCGUUUUGUAUUCAAUUGAUGACAGGUAGGGCCUCACCAUUGAUGGACUGACUCAUGUAGCAAACUCAUGCGUGAAUUAACAGUAGUACUAUAUAGAUGAAGCAGGUGGCAAAGAAAAAUCUAAUUUUGACUUGUGAAUAUACCAACCCAUUUCACAAUUUCCACAAUAAUUUGCCGUUCGGAUGAGCCUGGUUAUAAUCUUCUCAAUUAUCAACCACAAGCAUCUUUUCUUUCUAGUCUUUAACUUGAAGGAAAUCCCUCGCAGGGACAGAGGAAAAAGAAAAAUUAAUUAAUGGGUGGUCUUUGUUUUCUGCUUAUUAGUACUAAUUUGCUCUUUCUGUUUUUCACAAUUUCCUCUGCAGUUGACAUCAUUAGCCCCUCGCAGUCUAUCAGUGACAACACGACGUUGGUUUCUAGUGAUGGAAGCUUUGAGCUUGGUUUCUUCAGUCCUGGUAGCUCCACGAAUCGUUACUUGGGAAUUUGGUACAAGAACAUCCCAGGUAGAACUGUUGUUUGGGUUGCAAACAGAUGCAACCCCAUUAAUGAUUCUUCCGGCGUGUUGAUGAUAAACAGCACAGGCAAUCUUGUGCUGUUUGGUCAGAACGAGAGUGUUGUUUGGUCCACAAGCUCAGUUAAACGUGUUGAAAAUGCAAUGGUACAGCUUUUAGAUUCUGGAAAUUUGGUAGUAAGAGAUGUGAAAGAUGGAAUUUCAGGACCCUAUUUGUGGCAAAGUUUCGACUAUCCUUCUGAUACAUUGUUACCAGGAAUGAAGUUGGGAUGGGACUUAAGGACGGGUCUGAAACGACACAUAUCGGCAUGGAGAAACUCAGAAGAUCCCUGUCCAGGCAAUUUCACGUAUGGGAUUGAAAUGGAACUUCAAGCAUACCCUGAGGCAUAUAUUCGCAAUGGCACUGCGAAAAUUUAUCGUGCCAGUCCGUUUAAUGGCCUCACUUUCUGUGGUUCAUCAGAGAAACAUCCUGCUCGUUACGGUUUCAACUUUGUGUACAAUGAUGAUGAAGUGUACUACAUGUACAAACCUACCAUUAAGUCUAUAACCUCAAGAAUAGUUUUGAACCAAACCACCAGUUCAUGUAUUCGGUUUCAUUGGAAGAAAGAAGAUGAAGCUUGGACUGCCCAUUUAUCAAGACCUAGAGAUGUGUGUGAUCAUUAUGGCUUCUGUGGAGCGAAUGGAAAUUGUAUUGGUGAGAAUCCAGUCUGCCAAUGUCUAAAGGGAUUCAAGCCUAAGUCUCAAGGAAAAUGGAAUUUAGCGGACUGGUCUCUAGGAUGUGUGCGCAAUAAACCCUUGAGCUGUCAGAAAACAGAUAAAGAUGGGUUUCUCAAAUUCGUUGGCUUGAAAUUGCCAGAUACUACACAUUCUUGGGUGAACAAAAGUAUGAAUCUCAAGGAAUGCAGAGCCGAAUGCUUGAACAACUGUUCUUGUAUGGCUUAUAGAAGCUCAGAUAUUAGAGGAGGUACUGGCUGUGCCAUCUGGUUUGGUGAUCUAAUAGAUACCACACAGGCUCUGACUUCUGGGCAGGAAAUAUAUAUUCGAAUGUCAGCUUCGGAGUUAGAAGAAAAUGACGGUAAGCUGAAGACUGCAUUGAUAGUUGUAGCUGUCAUAGCAGUAGUGUUUUCUGGAGUGCUGUUAGUUGCCUAUUACAUUCACCGGAGAAGGAAAAAAUUAAAGGAAAUAAGAGACAGAAAUCAGGACAAUGAAGGGGCACCAAAUGAGGACCUGGAGCUCCCGCUCUUUGAAUUGGCCACUGUAAUUUGUGCCACAGAUAACUUUUCAAGCAAUAACAAGCUGGGAGAAGGUGGCUUUGGACCAGUUUACAAGGGGACGCUAGCAGAUGGACAAGAAAUUGCUGUGAAGAGGCUUUCAAGAAGUUCUGGCCAAGGAAUGAACGAGUUCAUGAAUGAAGUUAUACUGAUUGCCAAACUUCAGCACCGAAAUCUGGUAAAACUUCUUGGUUGCUGCGUUCAAGGAGAUGAGAAAAUGCUGAUCUAUGAAUACAUGCCCAACGGAAGCCUGGACUCAUUCAUCUUUGAUCAAACGAGCAGAGAACUACUGUUAGAUUGGCCUAAACGUUACCACAUUAUUUGUGGAAUUGCUCGUGGUCUCCUCUAUUUGCAUCAAGAUUCCAGGCUAAGGAUUAUUCAUAGAGAUCUCAAAGCAAGUAAUGUCCUACUUGAUAAUGAAAUGCAUCCAAAAAUUUCAGACUUUGGCUUGGCUCGAACAUUGACUGGGGGAAAUCAGACUGGAGGAAAUACAAACAGAGUGGUUGGAACAUACGGUUACAUGGCACCCGAGUAUGUUAUUGACGGUCUAUUUUCUGUAAAGUCUGAUGUCUUUAGCUUUGGUGUUUUGGUGCUGGAGGUCAUUAGUGGAAGGAAAAACAAGGGAUUCUACCAUCCAUCCAGCCCUAACCUUAUUGGACAUGCAUGGAGAUUAUGGAAUGAAGGAAGGCAUUUAGAACUGAUUGAUACAUAUUUAGGAAGUGCAUCUACCCUAUCAGAAAUGUUGCGUUGCAUCCAUGUUAGUCUCUUGUGUGUGCAGCAUCAUCCUGAGGACAGGCCAAGCAUGGCGUCUGUGGUUAUAAUGCUGGGAAGUGAGAUGGCUUUGGCUCAGCCCAAACAACCUGGUUUCUUCAUGGAAAAGGAAUCACAUGAAGCAGGUCAUUCUUCAGAAAAUCAAUCAUCUUCAGCCAAUGAAUUAUCCAUUACGGUUUUGGAGGCUCGAUAAGGUUCGAUUAUAUAUGUUCUUGCUGCUGUCUUGACAUGUUCAUAUAUUUCCAAAACAUGCAAGUUUGUAGAUUCAAGUGGUUCUGUACUUGGUUCAAACAUUGAGAAUAAAGACCACAAAGCUAUUCGUCUCAUGCUACGUCUAUUUUUCUGUAUAUAUUCAUUCAGUAUUUUUCCUUCGAUCCCUCUCCUUUUCUGUAUGAGACUCAAUUCCCUCUCCAUUUUUUUCCCUUUGGUGCAAAUUGCAACAAUUUAUAGACAAAGGUUACACCAAACCAAAAGGCAAAAUUAAAUUUUAGUCCAUAGUGUUU